AUGCCUUCCGUACGGCUUUGGGUGAAUCCUACAGAAGAUCCUGAGAUGGAUCCGAAGGAUAAAAAUUGGACGACACAACAGCCUUUACGAGGAUUCCUGGAAAUAUUGCGAGGUUCUAAAGAAGAACAGUAUUCUGAGCGGAAAGCGAUGAUAGUUGAGGAAAUUUUGAACGACUACCCCAUCCUGGUCCAUCGUAUCCUUAAUUGGCUUUAUUUUGCAAUUAAUGGCGGAUCUUUGACGCGUGACGCUGCAGUGAGCGUAUUCCUGGAUUACUUCCUGAGUCUAGUGCUAGACCGGAAGGAGGAGGCUCUGAAUUGUCUCCAAAGGGCCCAAGAAGCAUAUAUGAGUGCCCCGCUACCCUCAAAAUUUCAUAUGCAAGGGGAUGGUGAUCAGGAGGAGGAUGAGGAAGAAGACGAAGAAGAGGAAGAGGAAGAGGAAGAUGACGAUUGUGAGCUGUUGCGGGUAUAUUGGGAGAGUAAAGCCCCAAGAAAGUGGAGGGCGUUGAUAAGAACAGAAGGUGAUGUUCAAGUCAAAAUCUGUUACCUGUGGGCAGAUGCGCUUCGCACAUUCUUCGCACAAACCCAAAACCUACCUCCGAGCAUCAAAAAGGGCGCCGUACAAGCUUUGCAGCAAAUGAGAAAAAUAAAUAAAAGUAUUUGGAUGCUGGAUAGUUGGCGGAAUGCUGUUAAGGUGUCAGGUUUAGCUGAGGUCAUGAUCGGCAUCUGCCAGUCAUCUCAUCUUUUCAAAGUACAAUCGCCGCAUGUGGUGGAAACCUAUAGGUACAAUGUCUGGCGGGAAACAUUGGGUGAGAUUUUGGUAAGGUGGACACCCAAUGAAAUGGCAGAGAGGAAGAUUGAGGUAUUACCAGAUGAGGCUAAGGAUGGGAGGAUUGCUUGCACCGCUGAGAACAUAUUGACUCUCAUGUGCAAGCAUAUUGAGAUGGUGCCACGCAUCUCUCACCCAUCUUCGGUAUUCUUCCUUGUCACGUAUGACAACUUUGUUCACACUUGGGAGAUCUGGCUGGAAGGGGCAUUGAGGCACCGUAAUGUUGAGACCAUUAAUGUGGAUCUCCGAUAUUUACAUCGUGCUCUCCGAGGAAUGAAUUUGGAGGUCUUCGAAAGGACACAUAAAAUUCCGGAGCAGCUAAAGCUUUCUGAAGCACCGGAGCUGGAUCCUAGCCAGCAAUUCGUCAUGCCAAAGAUCUUCAAGAAUACUUGCAACUUUUGUAAAGAUCUUCCGGAUGAGGAUCAGUGGUGUAUCCGCAGGUAUUUUGUUCAUGAAUUGCCUGGUUAUGAGAAACUCGAAGGAUGUAUCAUCACCACGGCAUUGGGAGAUGAUCGCUUGGAUCCAAAGCCAACAAAAGGCAGCAAACCUGGAAAAACUCCCACUUACUAUCAUCCCGACGAGCUUGGACUCAAGCAGAUCAAGCCUAGACCUGAGGUUCAGAAAAAAUGUGGCCGGGAUGUAACUCUGCUAAUCAAUGAUGAGAAGGUCAUGGUUGGUGCAGUGAAGUAUAAUGCAUUCGUGGAUGAGGUGGUGGAGGAAAUGGACAAGCAUUUCCAUGCCUCAUCCAACCUCCAUGAUGUCCAGAGAGGUGUAGGAUUCCGUGCAUUCGCUUGGGGAAGUAUGAAGGCACUAGGGUCCCGGGUACCACAAGGAGGGAAUGCUGGCAGUGGCUACGGUCCGUACAAAGAUUUGGAUGCAAGGGAGAUAAGUGGUAUUCGCAGCAUGUUCAAUCAUGCAAAGAUUGCUGAUGCACUUGUUCACACUGCUCAAGGCCUUUAUAAACCGGUGACAAAACACGUGGACAAGUACUUUGUUGCUCAAGGGAUGGAUCCAAUAGGUAGUGGAGGUGGAAACCUCUACAUUUGCCACAACUAUUGCAGCCCAAUGCAUCAAGACCGUGAUGCAAGUUUAUCCAUAUGCAUGCAACACAAGAAGAAAUGCAAGGAGGGUGAGUGGAACUUUGUGUAUCUCAAAUGGGGGGUGUAUCUUCAAAAUGGCCCAAACACGCUAUGGCUCUUCGACGCAAAUCAUUUGCAUGGAAGCACGAUGCCUGGCAAGUCCACAGCAUUGCGAAGGCCCUUCUUGCGACGAGAACGUGUUCCAGAUGACGCACAGGAGCAACAAACAGGCGCUCAAGAACAAGCAGCAGCACAAGGGCUACAACUGCGAUGGAUUAUUGUAACUCCCAAUGAAGCAUCAACGGGAUGUCACAUGUCUUACAGAGCCAGAGAUUUGCGGAGAGCAUCAGAGUAUCAACGGGUUCACAGGCAACUUCCUGCUGCAAGUGAUUACUGGAGGCAGUAA